AUGGCGGCUGAUCUGCCGUUCUUCUCGUGGCAUGCGCUGCUCUGCCUGGUGUUGUUCACGGUGCAUUGCACCGUCGACGUCCCUGUGUCGUCCGCAAUGGACUGCGACGGCGAUGAUCGCGCCGCGCUGCUGAGGGUCAAGUCACAGCUGGGCGACCCGGUCCAGCUAUUGUCCUGGCUCCCGUCCACCAACUGCUGCGCCUGGGAGCCACCCGCCGUCUUCUGCUCCGCGGCCGGCCGCGUAACGGGGCUGGCGCUCUCCUCCCUCGACGGCGUCCGCGCGCCCGUGCCACCGGCGCUCGGCGAGCUUCCGGAGCUGGUCAUCCUCCAGGUGCAGUCCGUUCGCGGCCUGUCCGGCCCCAUACCUCCUUCCUUGGCCAACCUCACACGCCUCGAGGACCUCAACAUCGCUGGCACCUCCAUCUCCGGCCCGGUGCCGGGCUUCCUCGCCGGCAUCGCCACCCUCCGCACCAUCGUCAUCGCCGACGGCAAGCUCGCGGGCUCGAUCCCCGCCUGCCUCAGCAGCCUCCCCGAGCUCCGGUACCUGGACCUCAGCGGCAACAUGCUCACGGGCGCCAUCCCGCCGGGACUGCUGCACGGGAGCUUCCGGUUCCUGAUCCUGGCCAACAACCGGCUCACGGGAGAGAUCCCGGCCGACCUCGGCGAUGCCGACGUAGACACCCUUGACCUCUCCCGCAACCGGCUCGCCGGCGACCCGUCGCCGUUCCUGUUCAGCAUGACCAAGGCGGCGGCCAAGAUGGACCUGUCGUGGAACGAGCUUGAGUUCGACAUGACCGACGUGAGGUUCCCGCACCACCUCAGGUACCUGGACCUCAGCCACAACAGGAUCAACGGGAGCGUCCCCAAGUCGCUGCGGGACGUCAGGGUCGACCACUUCGACGUCAGCUACAAUGGCCUCUGCGGCGAGAUCCCGGCGGGGAGGUUCAUGGAGCUGCACGGGCCGGACUGCUACGACCAGAACAAGUGCCUGUGCGGCACGCCGCUGCCUCCCUGCACCGCGGACACGGGUCCGUAG